UUCCAUUGCCGAGCCAAAAGAUGAAGAAAUUAGAGAGAGAAAGAGAAAGAGAGAGAUUCUUCUUCGUCGUCUUCCUCAAUUCGAAAUCAUCGUCAUCAUCAACAAAUUGAACUGCAGCAUUUGAUUCAAAUUCCAAAAAUUAGGAUGUUGAAUUGAGUCGCUUCAUUCAACAUUCCUAAUUUUCACUUUUUGAUUUCAAAAUCCCUAACAAUCAUACUUUAGGUUAUAUGGCUACCAGAGGUACCAGAUCUGAAAAGGUCAAAAGAAUCUUCCACCAUUUCGAUCUCAACAGAGAUGGCGGUCUCAACAGGGAAGAAAUGUCAGCUCUCGUCGUCGCUGUCAAUCCUCGCGUCAAGUUCAGCGACGAACAAAUCAACGCGAUUCUCGACGAGGUAUUUCGAACCUACGGCGAUUUCAUCGACAACGAACGCGGUCUCACCUUCGACGGAUUAUUACGCACUUACGACGACGGCGCCGGAGACGUCGAUCGUGAUUUCGACGCUCUAGGGAUCGAGUUGAAACCGAUGAUGAUUGACAACGAUUUAACGGAGGAAGCCGCGUCUUCGUCUUCGAUGGUUGACGAUAGGGUUAACGAACCUCACAAGAAUCAAAGAACAGCAGCUUGGGCAUCUUCGCCUAACCACGGUAUAAUCUUCGAUGAAACAUGGAAACUUGUUGACGAUUUGGAGAUUCUGAUUAAGAAAUUGAAAUCGAAGCAAGCUAAGGAUGGAAAAUCAAGAGGAGAUAACUCAGAUGCGUAUUCUGAUCCUGGAUGGUCAAGAGAAUUCGGUCCUUCAGUAGAACUGUCAGAUAGAAUGGUGUUCUGGGAUGAAUCUAGCCACGAAUAUACCGUCUUCGUUAAGGAAUUGAACAGUUUAAGAACAAGAGCAGAUGGAUCUAGGUCUAGAGAAGAAGCAUUCGACGGGCAAAUAGCAAUCGGAAGAGAUUUAUACGAUCAUCAAUUAUACAAAGAAGCUUUGGUUAGCUUCAAGAGAGCUCGAGAUCUACAGCCAACCGAUGUAAGACCACAUUUCAGAACAGGAAAUUGUCUUUACGUUCUAGGGCAGCACAGUGAAGCUGAAACAGAGUUUCGAGCAGCACUUGAAGCAGCUGAGAUUGGUGGAAAUCAAUGGUCUUAUUUACUUCCACAGAUUCAUGUUAACCUUGGAAUUGCGCUUGAAGGUGAAGGUAUGGUGAUUAGUGCUUGUGAACAUUAUAGAGAAGCUGCAAUUCUAUGCCCAACUCAUUUUCGAGCUUUGAAACUAUUGGGUAGUGCUCUAUUUGGUGUAGGAGAAUAUAAAGCUGCCAUUAGGGCUUUAGAAGAAGCCAUUUAUCUUAAAAACGAUUAUGCAGAUGCUCAUUGUGAUUUAGCUUCUUCCUUACAUGCCAUUGUUGAUGAUGAUAACGCAAUUAAGGAGUUUCAAAAAGCUAUUGAUCUCAAACCAGGUCAUGUUGAUGCUUUGUAUAACUUGGGUGGACUCUAUAUGGAUAUGGGUCGUUACCAACGAGCUUCCGAGAUGUACACUCGGGUUUUAACUGUUUCCCCAAACCAUUGGCGGGCGCAGCUUAACAAAGCGGUGUCCCUAUUAGGUGCGGGUGAAAAUGAGGACGCGAAGAAAUCUAUGAAGGAAGCUUUGAAAAUGACUAACCGGGUUGAAUUACACGACGCCAUGUCGCAUUUGAAGCAACUUCAAAAGAAGAACGUUGUUGAAGCUUAUAUCGAGGUUGAACCGUCGCGAUUCAAGAUUUUCAACGAGAAAACUACUUCGAGGCGAGAUUUGGGAAUUGCGAUUGAUAUUAGGCGUUUUCAGAGGAUAACCAGGUUAAACCGAUGUAAUGUUGAGUUGUUGAGGAAGGAGAUGAGCGACGAGCAGGUCCCGUUGUCGUACUCGGGUAGUGGAGCUCCGCAGAGGUCGAUUAGGAAGGCUUCACUCGAAGUGAUUCUCCGGAGAUUGUUGGGUUUUUUGAAACCUGAAACUUUUGUUGGAGCAGUGAAAGCGAUAAACCAAAAGAUUCUAUCGGUUCUCGAGGACUCUGAGUCGGGGAGAUUGGAUCUCGGGAUGUUUCUAGCUAUCAUCGCCCCGAUUUGCGACGGCCCUCCCAACGUUCGGAAGCGGGUGGCUUACGAUGCCCUCUUAUGGCGUCCGGUGAACCAAGGUUCCUCGGAGGUCAAAAGAGUGGACAUAUGUAAAUUCAUAAAUUUGUUGAGAGCUAUUUACGUUCCUGAAGAAUCCGUUCCUCUGGAUGAUGAAGUUGUCAUCGAUGGGGAGACGUCGGUUUCGUUUAUUCAAUUUUCGGCAUUGUUCGAUGACGCGGAGAGGGGUUUCGGGGUCAUGCCGUGCUUGGUUAAACUUGAACAAGGGGAUAGACAGCGACAUGGAAAUCGUACUUGUGUGGUGUGUCGAUACCCUAUUAUUGGGUCCCGAUUUAGGGAAAUGAAAUCGCGUUUUAAUUUGUGUGGGCAAUGCUAUAGCGAAGGGAAAGUGCCUCCUGUUUUCAAGCAAGAAGAAUAUAGAUUCAAGGAGUAUACGAGCCAGGGUGAAGCUAUGAAAGACAAAUUCACUUGGCUCGGGUUGCAUUCCAAAAACCCGAAUCCACCAAACGAGUAAAAACCGCGAAAGUUUGUUGAUUCGAUGAUCGUUUUCCGUGUGAAAGUUAGUUGUAGUAAGAAUUCAUAGUUGUGAAUUUAGUGUUUUUGGUUUUGUUAGUUAGUAUGAUCUUGUUUGUUCUUUAGUUGUCUUUUUGUAUUGUACAUGUGGUAGGAUUUGUUUUUUUUAUUGUUCUUUCUACUUUGUU